AUGACAUCAGCAACUUUAGUAUCAAUAAAUGAUACAAUAUCAGAAUUCCUUUGGGAUAAUCACAACUGUAUUGACAUGAAUGGUUUUAAGAUCAAAUCUGGUAUCAAUCUUUGGGUUUGUCAAUUCGGCAACUCUGACUAUGAUUUUGCUGGCUUCCCUUUUCAAUUUACCAACUAUCCAAAGACACCACAACAAAUGGACGAGUUUGUGAAAAAGGUAAAUACCUUGGAUCCAGGUAUGCAAGUAGCCAUCAUCCUAUACGAUGGAUUUCUAUCAGGAAUGCAAGACACCCUCCUACCAGCCUUUCAAUCUCUUGGUUCUCAAUCGUUUCAAGAAGCUCAACUCUGUCAAAAUUAUUGUAUGAUUGGUCGAAAGGGUGGUAGUGCCAUUGAAUCCUAUGGGGAUGACCCUUUUGGCCUCAGAAAGAUAAGAGUCAACGCUAAAUUUGAGUGGCCCGAUUGCUGGAUCUCGAAUUGA